GAGGGAAAACUGCUGGAUGCUGUCAGUAGGUGGCGGUGUUUGGAACCAAGGCAGCUAGGAACAACAACAAGGAAGGCAAAUAAGAGCCACAUCAUAUCCGUAAACUAAAACAGCAACAAAAGGUCUGAGGCAGUCCCAUUAAACUCAUCUCCUGUUUUGUCUGACAGCAGACUGUGUACAUGCCAUCUGGAGUGCCAAAGGGGGAGAACUGUCAAGUGGACAUGGACAGCAAGGCAGGAGAUCUGUUCACAGCUGAGGAUGCUCAUCCCACAGGCACAGGAGGCACAGGAAUCCUGGCAAAGCUCUGGCUUCCCAAAGGCAUCUCAGCUAGCAUGGCUAAAGAGUGGUUCGACAAGCGCCGAUUAUCCAUUCGACCUUGGGCCAGUUUUGUAGACCAGCGCAAGUUUUCAAAACCCCGCAACUUUGGAGACUUGUGCAAGAGGGUGGUGAAAAAUGUGGAAAUUUACAACAGCAACUACACCUUCAUCUUCUUGGGGCUUAUCCUCUACUGCAUCAUCAGCUCGCCCAUGCUACUGAUCGCCUUGGCUGUGUUUGCCGGUGCCUUUUACAUCAUUCACAUCAAAUCUUUGGAGUCUAAACUGGUUGUGCUCGGCAAAGAGUUGACUACGCCUCACCAGAUGAGCCUGGCUGGAGCCAUUUCUCUGCCUGCGUUCUGGUUGGCCGGAGCUGGCGCUGCCGUGUUUUGGGUUCUUGGAGCAACGCUGUUUGUGAUUGGCUCUCAUGCUGCGUUUCGUGAGCUGGAGGGAUCGGACAUGGAAGAGCUCCUCAUGGAGCCCGUAUAAAGACCAGGCUAAACUAUCAGCAGGCGCCGGUUGGCUAUCAGUCAUCAUGUUGACCCUGCAAAUAUGUUUGCACACAGGAAGAGCUGUUCAUAUAUAUGUUCCUUAGCUUGUUAAAUUCCCCGUGUUUUAACCCCUUACCAUGGUAUCAAGAAUGUACCUUGUCAUGUUACUGACAGCUUUUUGAAGCUCAUUUAAGCACAUAAAUUGCCAUAGAACACAAAAAUGGAUUUCUGAACAUAAGUCUAACCACACAUUAAUGCAGAUUAUAUGCCUUCUAUGUUCAUUUUAAACCUUGGAUGCCUCUGAUUUGUGUAAAAUAGUCUUUCAUUCCUUGCAAUAUUUCUCAGCUUAUAUCUUAAUGGGCUAUCUGUGCUGUGCUCUCUGCUGUAGAUAUUUGGGCUAAUACAUUCUCUCUGAUUUGAAUAAUAUGUAUAAAUGUAAUCUUUACACUUCUAAAGAGAAUUUGUGAUUGUUUCCAAAGGAAAGUGCAAUUUAAAGCUUUAAAACUGUAUCUAAUGCUAAUGCACAAACACACAUUAUCAUUAUUGUUAUUAUUAUUAUUAUUAUUAUCAUUAUUAUUAUUAUUAUUAUUAGACAAAUGCAGGUUUGGUCAUUCAGAUAGGCUUCUUAUAUAGAUGGCUUGAUGAUGACACAUCUUUAAAGGUCAGUACUUAAUCAUGGUAUUUUACAUCGGGUUUAUAAUUUCCUUGUUAGCAUGUAUACAUGUUUAGCUUGGAACUUGGAGGUGUAACGUCACAUAAAUGUAAAAUACUUUAUUGAAAUUCAUCGUUCGUUUACAUUCUGAUAAAAGUUGGGUGUUUUGUAUCUAUAUUUUCUCAGUGCAAUAAACUCUUAAGGCCAGCUUA